AUGGCGCUGUACAGUCUGAAAAGCAAUUUGCAAUACGCCACCUUGAAGACGUUGUCACUGGUCUCGAUCAGCGUGAUGUCGCCCCAGCAGAGUGUCCAGGAGUUGUUCCGAACGGUGGAUUGCGUCUGUUUCGACGUCGACUCCACGGUCAUCAGGGACGAGGGCAUUGACGAGCUGGCCAAGUUCUGCGGCAAGGGAGACGAAGUCAAAAGGCUAACGGCUGAAGCUAUGGGCGGUACUAUGACGUUUCAGGAAGCACUGAAGAAGCGGUUGGACAUAAUAAGGCCCAGUGUCAGCCAAAUCAGGCAGUUCAUUGAGGCAUACCCCAUCAAUCUCACCCCAGGAAUAGCGCAACUAGUGAAGACACUGCAGGACAGGGGUGUCGCCGUGUACCUCGUGUCGGGUGGUUUCCGCUGCCUGAUAGACCCCGUGGCUGAGCUACUCGAAAUUCCCCUGACGCACGUGUACGCGAACAGAAUCAAGUUCUUCUUCAACGGCGAGUACGCGGGCUUCGACGAGAACGAGCCCACUUCACGAUCGGGCGGCAAGGGGCUGGUCAUCAGGCGGCUGAAGGAACAGUACGGCUACCAGCGGCUGGUGAUGAUUGGCGACGGCGCCACCGACGCAGAGGCGAGCCCGCCCGCCGAUGCGUUCAUAGGCUUUGGAGGCAACGUUGUGAGGGAGGAGGUUAAGAAGCGUGCACUGUGGUACGUGACAGACUUCCAGGAGUUGAUCAACUGCCUCAACGUCCAAGCGAAG